AUGCAUUCACCAACAUUUACUUUGCAUGGUUAUGCAAAAAUGAUAUUGCAUGCUUAUAAAUAUCCACAUCGACCAGUUGUUGGUUUUCUUAUUGGAAAAGCCAGGAAUAAUAGUGAAUUGAUAUGCACUGAUGCUAUACCCGUGUUACAUGAGAGUGCCUCUUUAAGUAUGGUUGUGGAAACAGCUUUGAUAUGUACAGAUGAUUACACCAAAGAUGGUCGUACUCUUGUCGGACUCUAUUUUUGCAAUCAGUCUCUUUCGGAUAAUAGGAUUCGUUUCAGUCUUGAUCCCUAUGCAGUGCGAGUAGCUGAAAAAAUUGUUUCGAAUUAUUCAAAUACAUUCCUCGUUCAGAUUGAUAAUUCCCUUCUUGGUACAGGAUCGUUAGAACCUGCUAUUCGAAUUUAUACGCUGGAUAACAAAACGUGGAAGAUAAAAAGAUUCACUAUACUGAACGAAGAAACAGUGUUGCCAAUCGUUUCCAGUGCUAUACAAACGAAAUUAUAUCUCGAAAUCAUGGAUUUUGAAAAUCACUUGGAUAAUCCUAUUAAUGAUCACUGGAAUACAGCACUAAAUGAGAAGUUAGAACGGUUAUCGUGGCGAAAUGCUUGCAGUUGA